CAAAUUUAAACGGGUCUCAUUCGCAUUUCAUUUCUUUCCAUUUCAUUUUGAAUUGAAACCGCGGAGCCGAGAGCAAUUUGCUGCUGCAUCGAUCUUCAUCUCAUUCUCAUGGACGGGCAAGAUUCGCAAGACCCUAAGCAAAGUCCUGCUGACAUGACAGCCUUUGUGCAAAAUCUUCUUCAGCAGAUGCAAAAUAGGUUCCAGACAAUGUCCGACUCCAUUGUUACAAAGAUUGAUGAUAUGGGAAACCGUAUAAAUGAGUUGGAACAAAGCAUCAACGACCUGAGAGCAGAGAUGGGAGUGGAGGGCUCUCCAUCACCUGUGGCCCCUGCUAAGCCAACAGAGGAGACUACCAAAGAAGAGGGUUCAACUUAAGUGGCGUUCUGAUUUCAGUUGCUCAUUAUUCAUGUAUUGCAUUGCACAAGGAUUGAUAUUAUGCAUCUAUUUUUGUCUGCCUUAGUAGUUUAGAAAACAGAUGUGCUGUAUAGCUAUGAGUGCACCUGAACAUUUGUAGCUAACUCGUAUGUUUUUUAUGACUUGAGCGUACACCUAUACAUUUAUGUUGCAAUUAAUUUGUUGCCACCAUUUUGCCCCUUUUUUUCUCAGCAUGCUCUGGGUGGAUGAACCAUGGUCCCAAAUCCAGGGAUUGCUG